UUUAUUUUUAUAUUAUUAAAACGUAAAUUAAUAGAACGAAAUUAUUUUCAGCUAAUGUCAUUAAGUAUCACGAUUACCAUUCCAUCUUGGCAUCAGAAACUACACUGUAACAUUUCUUUAAUUCAUAAUUCCGAUCGAUAUAUUGAUUAAUUCUGUAAAACUCGCACUGAUUCGCGUUUUAUCAUCAGUGGUUUCGCAACACGUCUACGGAAACGCUAAUAGCAGUGAUCGAGGCAGGAAGGACGGGGGUCUCGCUGAAAAGGAAACGCAAGUUCACUUUGUAUCUGGAGAUUCGACCGUGCGGUGCUAAGAAACAUUGGGCUCUUCAGCAUUUAUCAUUAAUUGUGAUUAAACAACGAGUGGAUCAAAUCGAAUAGGGAUUAAUUGGAAGAAAUAAGUUUGCAAGAAGACAUGGCAGAGCAGGCUCCGAAGUACGAGCUCUUGUCAAAGGAGAAGACGAAGGAAAUGUUGGAGCUGUUUAAAGGAGAAAGAACCGGUUGGGUGCUGGUGGGCCCGGAAAAGUACUUUUUCCCAUCUAAUUAUAUACAGCAAGGUGCAGGUUUCUAUAAUUUUAAGGCUCGGCCGGAUGACACCUGGGUGGCAUCUUAUCCAAGAUCAGGGACAACAUGGACGUUAGAAUUGGUUUGGCUGCUAUCAAAUAACUUGGAUUUUGAAGCCGCGGGAAAACGUUUUUUAGCUGAGAGAUUCCCCUUUCUCGAAUUCAGCCUGUUCAAUCAUCCCGAGGUGACGCGCGAAUUCCUGGAGAUGAACAAGAACGAUGAAGCGAAACAGCAGCUAUGCCGCGAGAUAACCAAACCCGGCUACGAGGUCGUCGCCCAGAUGCCAUCACCUAGAUUCAUCAAGACCCACUUUCCUUUCAGCAUGCUGCCGGGACUUUUAGAUGUCGGGUGCAAGGUCGUCUACGUGGCUCGCAAUCCGAAGGACGUUGCUGUUUCAUGGUACAAUUUGAACAAGGCGAUUAAAACGCAAGGAUACAUAGGAGAUUUUUCCACCUUUUGGGAUUAUUUUCAAAAUGACCUCACACCUUGGAGUCCAUACUGGACUCAUUUGAAGGAAGCCUGGGCGCUAAAGAAUCAUCCAAAUCUUCUAUUUAUGUUCUACGAAGAAAUGACACAUGAUUUUCCGACAGCGGUCAGAAAGGUAGCAAAGUUCCUGAACAAAAUAUAUACUGAUGAACAAUUGGAUAAGCUAUCGACUUACCUGCACAUUAAGAACUUUAAGGAUAAUCCAAUGGUCAACUAUUCCGAAUUGAAAGCAUGUGGCAUCAUAAAACCAGGCAAUUUCGUUAGAAAAGGUGGCAGUGGCGGUUGGAAAGAUACAUUCACUCCGGAAAUCGAUGCCAAAGCAGACAAGUGGAUAGAGGAGAAUCUUAGAGACAGCGAUCUGUGCUUUCCUUUUUUCAAUAACAAUAUAGAUAAUAAUUGAGACGAAAUCGAAGACAUCCGAUCGUGAAUUGGCAUGGUAUUUACACUAGGCGUUAAAUUGUUAAAUUAAAUGUUAUUUUAUUAUAAAGCAAUUCUU